CUGUAUUAAGUUCUCUGGUGAAAGUGCUUCAGCUGAUCAUACAGCAGCAAGUAAUUUUCCUGCUGAACUGCAGGAAAUUAUUUCUGAGGAUGGCUAUGAGCCACAUCAAGUGUUUAAUGCUGACGAGACAAGUGUUUUUUUGGAAAAAAAAUGCCAACACGAACUUAUAUCAGUCAGCAAGAGAAGAGUGCAUCGGGCUUCAAGGCAGCAAAGGACCGCUACACCUUGCUCCUUUGCGGUAAUGCAUCAGGUGAUUUCAUGUGUAAGCCCAUGGUUAUUUACCGCUCUAGGAAUCCUUGUGCUUUGAAAGGUGUAGAUAAAAACACCUUACCAGUAAUUUGGAGGUCAAACCAGUCAGCAUGCAUGACAGAGGAAAUAUUUAUUGACUGGUUUAAGCAUCACUUUAUUCCUCAAGUCAAGUUUUACCUGCACAGCAAGAACCUUGCAUUCAAGGCUCUCUUCAUUCUUGAUACAGUGGACCCCCGGUUAACGAUAUUUUUUCACUCCAGAAGUAUGUUCAGGUGCCAGUACUGACCGAAUUUGUUCCCAUAAGGAAUAUUGUGAAGUAGAUUAGUCCAUUUCAGACCCCCAAACAUACACGUACAAACGCACUUACAUAAAUACACUUACAUAAUUGGUCGCAUUUGGAGGUGAUCGUUAUGCGGGGGUCCACUGUAAUUCCCGUACUUAUCCACAAGCUUUGCUGGAUGUGACCCCACAUGUAAAAGCUGUAUUUUUACCUCCAAGUACAACAUCUUUAAUAUAACCACUGGGUUGGGGAGUUAUUAAGUCAUUCAAGUGUAACUACACAAAAAAAGUUAUGAAAAAAACUAGUUGCAUCAAUGGACUCUGACUCCAACUUAGCAGUACCAAGCUUCUGGAAUAAAUUUAACAUUGCAGAUGCUAUCAGCUAUGCUAGAAGUGCAUGAAAUGAAGUGCCUCAAUCAACAUUAAAUGCAGGCUGGGGAAAGUUAUGGCCUUCUGUGGUUAAUUCUUUCACUGAUUUCCCCUUGUUUGAGAGUCAGGUUCAGGAAAUUGUUCAGCUGGCAAGGAGAUUACCAGGUGAUGGUUUUGAAGAUAUGAAUGAAGACGAUGUGAAUGAGCUCUUAGAAGAUGACGAUGAAGACGAAGUCCAGAGGAAAUGUUAGCAGAGCUCAAUGCACAGAUACAAGGGAGGGACAUAACAGAAGAUGAAGAAGAACCUGAAGAAAAGCAGUUAACAUUGCACCAGUUACGUGAGCAGUUCCAUAUUAUUGGUAAAGUUGCAGACUUUCACUGAAGAGGACCAUGACAAAUAUAGAAGCAGUGCUUUGAAACGGGGUCUAGACCAGCUGAUGAUGCCUUACCAUCAGCUGUAUAAUGUAUUGCAGGGUAAAACAGCCCAGAGAACCAUUACAGAAUUUAUGCACACUCCAAUACAACCAUCGACUUCAGUACCAAAACCUCUACUAUCCACUUUUGUCGACAACCAACAACCAUCCACCUCAGCCCAGUAGGGCCACACCAUCCAUAUCCACUCUCUCCACAAUCAUCCACACACACCAUUACCCACAAUUUAAGAAGAAGGAAACCCCAAACGCAAACUUAGAAAAAGACGUGCAAAACGGCAAGCAGUAUCUCAGUUAAUGGAAACCAUUGCUCCGCCAGCUGAAGUUAGCACAGUGCCAUCAGAGGAGAGUUCAGAAUCAUAUGCUGUUUCAUCUCGUGGACGUGUACGUAAAGUUAAAAAGAUGAUAAAUUAUGAUGGCCUAGAUUUUGAAAAACUUGCAAUUCAGGCAUCUGAGGAAGCUGAACAGGAGAGGGUAAGAAAAAGAAGGAAAAGAGAAGAAGAAGAAAGGGAAAGAGAAGAACAAGAAACUGAAGAAAAUGUAAACUGCUCUCAGCCUUCUGCAGUGAGACGUUAUCUUCUCUCCCACACAGGACAUGUCAUGGGGUAUAUUGACAAUGAUGGACAAGUCCAUUCAGGGAGUACUAUUAAAGACAGCCAAGCUGAAAAAGGAAAAGUUGACAUAUCAAAUGUUAGAAAUCUUGCUAGUCAGCUUGUAGCUAAUGUCAAAAAAGAAAGCUCUCAGACACCACUAAGGACUGGUGUAAUGUUCCCAAGAAAAACCUUUCAAAAUACUAAUUUAAAGCCUGGUGUGCCAACUGUUGUUGUGGCUGCCAUAAAUAGUCAAGGGUCUCCAGUGUAUGUGAGAGUUGUGGGAGAGCAGGCUCUGCAACUAGUAAAGUAUAUGAAACCUAGUGUGAAGGGACCUGUAUCUCAGAUUAAACUUCAGCACCAUGGUCAAACUUAUACUGUUAAUACUAAUGCUCAUAUGAUAACUCACAACAUUCCAGGUCUACCUGAUGGUGAAGCCAAAGAAAAACCUUCCAGUGUUAGUCAAUCGACCAUGACUCCAGCCAUACCUACCUCAUCGCUGGUUACAACAAAGCCUUCAACAAGGCUUGAGGGUUUAGCUACCAGCAAUUCUCCAAGUGUGCCUCGAGUUGCUCCAAUAACUUCAGUGGUGAGCAGUGUCUCUUCUCAACCCAAUACCUUAGCUUUGGCAUACAGAGGAAUGACGAGACCCACUAGACCAAUGACCGUUAAUGCACCAGUUCGGACUCAAGGCUCCCUAGUCCCUGGAACUAUAAUGUAUCAAGAUCCUAAUCGUCUUUCAUCAGUGGCUCCCACCAGGCUAGUUACAGCCUCCCCAUCAGUAGUGUCAUCAGUAAUGUCACCUACCAUCAAAGCACCUGCUAAUGCAGGAUCUUCACAUGUAACUCAUAAUUUAAUCAAUGUAAAUCAACAAGCAAAUAGACAACUAUCACCCAGUAUUAUAGCUUCUUCCAGACCACAGGUUACACCUUUAGUGAGGACUGCUGUGUCCUCAGGUGUCACUCCAACAAAUGCCAUGCCGCAUCAACAAGGUUCUUCAAUAAUGCAACAGCAUACAAAUUCUCAGCAACAGAUAAUAGCAGUCCAAGCCCCAACAGCUGUAGCAGCAACUCCAAAUCAACCUUUGGGUCAGACUGUAACAGCCACUACCAUAGCAGUUCCUGGUCCAGGGGGACAGCCACAAGUACAGCUUAAACUAGAAUCCGAAUCUUUAGCUCAGCUGAUGCAGCGAACAGGAAGCAAAAUAGUGGCUUUACCAAAUGGCCGAGGUGGGUAUACCUUGUCUCUCACACCAGGUGCAGUACAACCUGGCCAAGCAGGACAAAAAAAUCAGACUCACUUAUCAGCCAAUGCAGCUGCUAAAGUCCAGGUUGUAUCAUGCAGUACAACUCCCUUACUUCAAGAUACUCCACCACCUCAAACUGUCCAACAGCCUCCAGUCAUCCAACAACAGAGUCAUGUUAUAUCACAAGGGGUGGCCCAGGCAGCAACAGUAGUUCAGCAAGCAUCAUCUCAACAGUUGGGCAUAAGGCAGAUGAUUCCAGUUAGCCAAUCCCAUGCUCCAGGUACAAUUAUUAAGGAUACAAAUGCUGGUACCCAAGUUGUGGUCAGUGGACAGCAAGCCGUUUACUCGAGGGUGGGUACUCAACAGCGAGUUUAUAAUAAUCUGGUAUCAUCAUCUCAGGGAACUAGGUGUGUCCCAGUCUCUACAACAACUGUAAUGUCACCACAACAGUCAGUAAAUAAUGUAAGCACAAGUCAGUCAUCCUGUGUGCUUCAAAAAGUUAAUACUACACCUUCUCAAUCUCCAAGUUACCAGACAAACCACAGUCAGCAGCAGUAUGUUGUGCAACAGCGUGUAGUGACAGCAGGUACUCAAACAACUGUAUCUCCCCAGUCUACCCAAACCGUAGCACAGCAGUCCACUACAGCAUAUAAACCAGUUAUUGUCAAUCAGCCAGUCCAACAAGGUACUCAGCAAGUAGUUAGAGUAGCUCAGGCACCUGUGCUUCAACAACAGCAAAUAGUAAGAUUACAGGCUGUGAGUGGUAGUCCUGCCACCACUCAGAAGCUUGUCCAAAUUGUACAACCUGGUGGAGGACGUCAGGUGGUACAAAUGGUGCAACAAGUUGUAGCAAGUCAAGGACAGCCAAAUACAGGGCAUCAAGGAUUGAUUUAUGUACAAGGAAGUGGCCAAGUGUUACAACAACACCAGAAAAAUAAUUUGGGAACAGUCCACCAUACACUGCAAGGAGCUACAGCUGUACAGCAGAGUCAGCCACAACAGAAACAAAUUGGACAACAGAAACUACAUCAACAAAUAAUAAGUCCGCAGCAUUCAGCAUUGCAGCAACAAAUAACUGGGCAGUCACAUCAACAACUUACACAACAACUUGUGCAACAACAACAACUAGUACAACAGAAGCAGCAACAGAUAUCACAACCUCAGCUUGUGCAAGAUCAGCAGCAGCAACAAGUGGUGCAACAACAUUUAGUACAGCAACAACAAAUUGUUACACAGCAGCAGCAGCAGCAGCAGCAACAACAGCAGCAGCAGCAAAUUAUUACACAACAACAACAUCAGAUUGUUGCCCAGCAGCAACAAAUUGUUACACAGCAGCAGCAGCAGCAGCAGCAACAGCAGCAGCAACAACAAAUUGCUGUGCAGCAGCACCAGCCACAAAAUGUUACACAACAACAACAACAAAUUGUUUCUCAACAGCAACGUCAGGUUGUUACACAACAGCAACAGACAGCAGUUCAACAGCAGCAACCAGCAGUUCAACAGCAGCAGUCAUCAGUUCAACAGCAGCAACCAGCAGUUCAACAGCAGCAACCAGCAGUUCAACAGCAACAACCAGUAGUUCAGCAACAAGGUCGAUUGGUAUUGGUGAGAACAUCUCAGGGAGAACAGAUGGGAUUACAGUUGCCAGAUGGCCGUGUAUCAUUGCUUACACCGGAGCAGCUGCAAACAGCAAUCAGAAAUGGUUCCAUUAAAAUCAACCAGCAGACUUAAGUUUUUUGCAAGUUUUUUACAUUUGACUCUUAUGGUUACAUAGAGUAAUUGUGUAACUGUUAGAAAUGUAAUGCAGAAAAAUAUUAAUUCUGUGGUGUGGGACAUGUAAUUGCCAAAUAAAAUUUUUAAUAUGUAUUUUACAAAUACAUUAUUAGAACCAAACCAGAUCCUGGUUUAAUGCAUUCAAGGUUUUUAUAUCAGUUUUUUUUAUUGUAUUAAUGAAACACAAUUUCCUUUGUGUGCACUAGCAAGUUGACAGCUGAAUAUGCCACACCAGUGACUUAAGUAUGCACUUACUUUGCCGUGUUGUGAUAAGUUGGUUUUCUUUCCUGUGAUUGCCCUGUGCAGUGAACAACAUUAGUUUCACCCAGUUAAUCUUGAGAACAGUUGUGGCUGAAGUCCUUACUGAACUGUGACAAAAUACAUCACAACAAGGUUGUUAAAAAAAAUCCAGCUAUUGAGGAAAACAUUAUCAAAUUCAAAAAGUUAUAAUAUAAAUAUUGAAGUGUAAUCAGCAUCAACAAUGUGAUAUAAUGUAUAAUGUACCAUAAAAUUUAGUUGGCUUAAACAUGUUUGUAAUCAUUCAGAAAAUAAAUGCCUAAUGUAUGCAAUUAGGCAACAAAAUGUUUCGUAAACAUUUGUAAACACCAGGCAACUGAGUUGCUUACAUGUUUAACUUAUGUAAGGAAAUAAAUUAUAUCUUGUACAAAUUAUAAAAUAAAUUUUUCAAUGCAAACACUGUUUAUAAGACAAUUACUGUCUGUAAAAUCCUACAAAUCUUUGUUAACUUUUAUGCAGUAUUGCAUAUAUAUGCAUAUGCAGUAUUGCAUGUACUGUAUUUGUCUUUUUACGAGAAAAAUUUUUUGGUAAGCUGUAUGGUUAUAAAACAUCAUAAUUCAUUUUCUUAUUCACAUGGAGGUUCUUCACCUAUGUACAGUAGUAUCUUAGCAUGAAAGGCAAAUAUUGGUGCUAGUAACAAGCUUAAGGCUUAAAAAAAAUCGACAACAGUAAUGGUAAUUUGGGAUCACCAUCUGUUCAGAAAGGGAAUUCAGUUAGGGCAAAUUAUUUAGUAGGUUGUUGGGAGGAAAUUAAUGAUUUCAAACAAUAUUUGCCAAAUUAGAUAAAGACAACAAAGAUUGUGUAGUUUGGCUUAUGAAAAGUAAAGGGAACAAUUAAGAUCUAGUCAAUUUACAACAAAAGUACACUGGUUUUUGAAAUCUUUAUUAUUAUUGUUUAAAAUAUUUAAUUAUUUUAGGGUAAUAGUUACAAUACCUAGUUAUCUUAUUUAUCAAGCUAUCAUAAUCAAGGGGCAAUAUGCUUACACAGUACAUCGUUUAGGUUGACUACUUGUGAUAGGCAUGGUGUUUGAUCACUGGUAAAACCAGAUCUGGUAAUAUGCAGUAUUACAUGCCCUAAACUAUGCAAAUUUUUCUUUACUGGAGGAUGCCAUAUUGUGGAAAUGUGUGCAACUGGCUCAUGAAUAUUAUACAAAAGCAGUUUUUCUUGCCAAUCCCAUGUUUUAUCAGAAAAUUAAUGUUGCUAAUCACAUAAAACAGUAUUCCUAGGAAUUAUUAAUUUAUUAAAAACAUAUAUGAAAUAAAUGCUUUAUCCAGUAUAGUUUUAAAACUGAUUAUGUUCACAUUAAAUUUUUGGAUAAAAAUGCUUCCUAAACAAUUAACUGAUAGAUUACAAGAACCUUCCUUUUUUUUUUUUUUUCUCCCCAAGUUAAAAAUCUUUUAUUUAUGGCUUAGAAUAAAAAAUUUUGUGGAGUGUCUUCUGUUUUUGGUUUCAGUUACAAACACUGCAUCCACCUUUAUUUUAUUUAUUUUUUUUUUAAUUAAACUUUUGGCAUGGCUCACUUGUUAGAUGCAUACGGUAAUGCCAAGAAAUGAAUAAUAACAGUGUAAUAAAAUUCAUAAUCAUUGUUAUCCUUUUCCCAGUUGCAGAAAAAAAUGCUCAAAUGAGGUACAGUAUUUUAUUUAUGUUUAUGGUAGCACUAAAAUCUAUUUGGCCUGUUGAUUAUAUUUUCUGAAAUACAGUGAAGAGCCAGUAUGUGGUCCAUUUAAUGUGAGCUUUUGUUUUAUAUAUCACUAACAAGACCAAUUAUGCAGAAUAGUGGCUGGUUCACAGUGAAAUGUGUGUAUUUUCCAAAGAAAUUACUCAAGCAGGAGUUAAUAAAUCAUGUGAUGCUCAUAAAA